AUUUAAGCGUUAAAUUAUUUAUUAGGAAAGUGAUUCAAUGAAUUGAAGUUAUUUAUAAUACAAUGGGUGCAAAUGCUAAUUGAAAUAUCCAGACAAUGAAAGUCUGUGAAAGUGAAUUAAUAUGACACUUAAAUGAAAGGUAAGUUCAAUCAACUUUAUGUCAAUUGUCAUGAAAAUCAAUUGUUUUAACAAACUUGUAAUGUAAAGUUACAUUUUUUGUUUUGUAUCGAUUAAUGAUCAAUGAUCAAACUGACGAGAAUCACCAAAUUAUCUGGUGAAAUAAAAAAAACACUGUUUUAAGGGUAAAUAAUAAUCUUAUCUGUUGCUAAGAGCCAUUUUGAUUGUAGUCAACAUUUUACAAAGGUUACAGGAUCAUAAUUUCGAGAAAAUAUCAUCAAUUGAAUAUUGAAAUAUUGUUAUCAAAAGAAAUGGAAUAAAUUGUAUUAGAAUAAAUUGUCAGAGUGAAUCAGCGAAAAUCUUAACCUCAUCAAAUAAAUAGCUAUUAGAUAAUGUAUUACUAAUGUAGUUAGAUGGCAAUCUGGAUGAGAUUCAGAAGGCAAAACUUAUUAACCAGUAUUAAGGUGUGAUUUAAAUGAUAUUGUUGUAUUGAUAGAGAAAGCAAAUCAGUAAGAAUAACUGAUAAAUCAAUUGUCCUCCAUUCAUUCAUUUACUCCCUCGUUUGAUUCACUUUGCGAUGCUCACUUUUCAUUUUCGUCAUCUUUUGUUUUCUCUCAUUGAUCCAGUCAGCUUAUAUGCCUAAAUUGAGUGUGUAAAUGUUCAGAUCUCAUGUUGAUUAUCUUCAUUGCCAAUGUGAAUCAAAUGAUUUCAAUCAUCAAUAUAAUCAAUUCAACGAAACCACCAAACAUUGUUCCAGUUUUAAACUCGUGUAUCCAUUGGUGAAAAUUUGCCAUUCAUCGUCAUAAUACGUAUAUUUCAUCUUAUGUAGAUACUUUUGUUAGAAACUGUUUCUCUGAUCUCAUUCAUUGGAUCAAUUAGUUUACACUUUUCUACGAUUUUUUACUUGACAUUGCCAGUUGGAUUGGUUCUUCGAGUCCACUUUUACUAUUUCGAUCAUGUCUCAAUGGUCCAAUUUGAUUUGGUUGCUAGUCCUAUCAAUAUUCAAGUCCAUUUCAACGGAACCAGAAGGUGCCAUUCCGACAAUAGAUGACCUUUCCGCGUGUAAACCAUUUCAAAGGCCACUUAUCAUCACCAAGCCUUAUGGUUACAUUGUUUCACCACAAUAUAGUGACAAUGGACUUUAUCCAUAUCCUGAAGGAUCCGAUUGCUCUUGGACUUUGGUGGCUCCAAAAAAUUAUGUAAUUAACAUGAAAAUGCUAACACAAGAUCUGGACAAUUGGAGUGAUGAAACUCGAAUUUCCUUUUAUGAUGGACAAUCGGUUGAGGAUGACUUGAUUGAUACUUUCACUGGAACCAAAUGGAGAAAGUUUAGGACUCAGAGUAAUCAAUUGCACAUUAAAUUCAUCAGUGGCAAAAGGCCCAGUGGAGUGAUUCCUCAAUAUAAAGGUUUCAAAUUGUAUUUUGAACAUAAUCGAGCUCCAGUCAAGUGUAAAGAAGAUCAACUAAGGUGCGCCAAUGAAGAAGAGUGCAUACCAAAAGAAAAUAUAUGCAAUGGAAUCGAUGAAUGUCGAGAUGGAACUGACGAGGAAAAUUGUAGCGAUGGACAUUACAAUAGUACUACUUCAUGUGGCAUCAGACCAAAUUUGAUAACUCAACAGUCAGAGGUUUUUCCAUAUCCUUUUUUGAUGGCUAUUGCUGCUGGUGACGCUGCGAUACCAAAUUCAUGGCCUUGGAUGGUAUCUUUGAGAAACCGUCGAACUGAGCCAUCGGGACACUAUUGUGGUGGAUCUUUGAUAGGCAAUCAAUGGGUUUUAACAGCAGCUCAUUGUUUCUUAUCAGACCCAGAUCCUAAAGCUUAUACAAUCGCGCUUGGUAAACAUCGAAGUUUAAUUCAUGAUGAAAAGGAAAUAACUCGGUAUCUCAUCAAAAUCAUUUCUCAUCCAAAGUUUGAUAGAGCCACAAAAACAGGAGAUUUAGCUUUGGUCAAACUCAAUGCACCCAUUUCACCAGUUGAAUCGUGGAUAUCACCUAUCUGUUUACCAAACAAAAUGCUUAAGGUUGAACCUGGAACAAUGUUGACCAUCAUUGGUUGGGGUGACGUUCAAUCAACUGGAAAUCCAUAUGUUCUUAAAGAAGGAGUUAUUCCUUUGAUAUCCAAUGCAAUAUGUUCUGAAUGGUUGCAAAAUGAGACUCCAGAUUCCUUGAUGUGUGCUGGAUACGAAGAAGGUGGAACUGACACUUGUAAAGGCGACAGUGGUGGACCAAUCAUGAUGAAGUUAAAUGACAGUUGGAUUGCCGUUGGUGUUGCAUCUUAUGGGUUACCCUGCUGUGGAUGUGUGAGACAGCCUGGUGUUUACACUCGAGUUGAGCCUCAUUUAGAUUGGAUCAAAGAAACUAUUGAAAAGAACAAAUGAACUUUUCUUUCUUUCUCAUAAAUUAAAGUUUCUUCAUAUUUAACCAAAA